GCAUUUUCGUGGAACGAAGCCUAAUCUAAUAAAUAACGUUAAUAAAUGUAAGACACCAAGAAAUGUGAACGCAUUUACUUCACCACUCUUUUACCAACUCUCCCUUCACAAAUCUUGAACCUCCAAAUUCCAAAGACUCCUCUCUCUCUCUCUCUCUCUCUCUCUCUCUCUCUCCAUUUCAUUCUACUCUUCUUCCUAGCAACUCCCAACCAACAGAAAAUAGAACAACAAAAAAUGUCAAACAAGACUCCAAUUUUUCCCAUAUCAGACCCUCAGCAUUUCAGUGACUAUGGUUUUGACCCACAAAUCAACUAUUUUCAGGUAUUAGAAGAAGCAAUGAAGCACAAACGUGAAACUUCAAGAUCCAUAGAUUCCAUUCACUUCAAGCUACAAAAACCCAUUUCAAAGGAAGAAUCAAGGAACAAGUUUCACCAUACAAAAUCAAAGAAGAAACGUUGGUGGAAAAAUGCUCUUUUCUUCUUCAAACGGAAAUGGGCCAACCACCGUGAUGAUCCUUAUGACAGCAAUGAUAUUCAUCAAGCCCGGGCUAAGGCCUUUCGGGCCACAAUUUCUGGGCCUGUUUACUUGACUGAAAGUAGAAGUGGGUCCACUACUCCUUACAGGACUACAAGUAGGCCUUCCUCCGGACCACUCGCCGGGACUUUGACGCCGCCGGCGAUUGAUGCGGUGGAUAUACCUUACUUGAGUUUAAGGGAGCUGACUAUGGAGCAGCAACAACAACAGAGGAUGUCUACCUCGGCUAUGCCUAUUUACUUUGUUACUUGAAUUUUUUGUCGUAGACGGAUUGACAAAUAUCGUUUAAAACUCAAAUUCAACUAUAAGGUUUGAGUUUGAACCUGAGUGAAGGUGUUCAAUUUAAUAAUAUUGGUAUUGUCGGUUGGUUAUUUGAAUUUUGAAUCUUUAAAAUUCAUGUGUCAAAAAAGUGAAAUGUGCAAUGGUUUGGUUAAAUUUUUAAUUGGGUAGAUUUUAUUUUGUGGAUUUAUUAGUAUUUGGGUUGGUUGGAGUAUUAGAUAUUAUUAUUAGUAUAUUUUUAACCUAACUAAACGUGUUUGUUUGAUUUGA